AACUCGGCCUUUUGCAGAAUCUGCAUAAUGGGCCGUAUGUCCAGAUCUUUCAACGCGCUGUGGCCGACGGUUAUCUUUCAAGAAUCCGGCGGUGUGGAAAUGAGACAUCCGCCACUCUUCUUCCAUGUGCGAUUCGUCACUUCCCGUUGCUGUUUAAACAUUCUAAUCGAUGAGUGUUUUAUUUUGUUAGUGAAUGCUGAAUCUAUCCGACGCAAUGGGUAAUGUAGCCAGUUCAUUGGCCUCUGGUUUGUUUUUGGCUCUUAACAAAGUAUUUGGAUCUCCACUUGAUUUUCUCUCUGGAAAAUCCUGCAGUUCAGUGUGUGGAUCAACAUGGGAUUUCAUAUGCUACAUAGAAAAUUUCUGCGUUGCCAAUUUGCUAAAGAUGGGCAUGGUCGUGAUCCUUGCUUACUUUGUUCUUUUACUCCUCUAUUUAUUCCAUAAAAUUGGCAUAUUUGGAUGCAUCGGUCGGGGUCUCUGCAGAAUGAUAUGGACAUGUUUAGCUUCCUACUGCCAUGCAUGGGAGUACUGCUGCACUUUCAUGUGUAUCAAGCUUGCCAGUGUCAAAAGAACAAGACGACGCCAUAGAAGAAGAGACCUAGAAGAAGAACUCGAAAGUGAAGAAGAAGCAAAACAUCGAUAUGGGUCAUCAAGUGAUUCGAGCAACAACUCCGAAAAGAUCGAGUCGAGAAGGAGAAAACGGGUGUCUCGCAAACAAAGGAGGAGCCACAGAGGUUCUCAAACGAGUAAGACAUUGAGGCCAACGUUCCAUGGAAUUCGAGUGAGAAGCGGUAGAGUGUUGGUCUAUAGUAAGCAUGGAUCAUCCAAGUUCGUGCAGAAAGAAAGGAAGUAUAGAAGAGGAAGACAAAUACGAGGGUAAGAGAUUUGAACUUCUAACUUUUUACCGUACAUAAAAAUUUAAAUUAAUCAUAUUAAUU